AAAUAUCAGCUGUUGAAGAAGGCUGACUUAAAGGCUACUACAGUGGUGGCAGACCCGAACGCACGCGGUCAAAGAAAUAGCAUGCUAGCAUGGUUUUGGUCCAUUGAUGUCCAGGGGGAUUCCACAAGCAAUGACUGGAUGAAUGAAUUUUACCGUGUCCAUUUGCUUCGGAUGCUGGCACUGUGUGACCAUUGGGCAGAG